AGAAUAGCAACCUCACCUCUCUGGCAUCCUCAUCAGGUCACCUUGCAGUUGUAAACAUUUUGGAUCAAGUCCAGUUGUCAAGAUGCGUGCAUUGUUCCUAAUGGUCCUGUAUGCUGGACUGUGCUACGCCAGCUCCAUCAGCGACCAAGAAAACAUAGAGACCCUGAUGGAUAAUGUUCUGGUCCUGAGGGUGCCUUACGGGGAGAGCACCAUGGUGUAUGUUCCUCUGAGCUGUGGAGAAGCUUAUGAAAACCAGCCUGUGGUCUGGAAGAAAGAUGGCGAGGCGACUGAACCAGCUCUGCAGGGGAACCAGGUCACGGUCCUAGUGGAGGAGAUGAACGGAGGAAACUACAGUUGUCACCUCGGUCCAAAUGGAGAUUACCUCAACCACACUUUGAUCCUGAUCCAAGUAGUCCCAGACAACAGGGCUGUCAUACUGGAAGAAGUAUCCCCUGAAAUGGGUCACAUUCACUGUUCAACACCUAACUAUAAAGGCUCCUUCCACUGCACCUGGAGGAGAACGAGGUUGAGACCCGACACCUCUGUGCUCCUGGUGAAGGCAGAACGUAAUAUGGAAAAUAUUUCCUGUGAGCUGGAUGCUGAUGGAUCAGGGAUUCACUGCCAGGACGCCAGCUGCCCAUACAAAGAAGAUCAGCACCGCAUCUCCCUCACCAUCUACAUACGCAGCGUUUCUCUCCUCGAGGCCUACGCAAAGGCUUUCUACCUGAGAGAGAUUGUGAGGCCGGAAGCACUCCCUAACCUGUGCAUCAGUAAUGGGAAGGUGUUCAGCUGGAGCUACCCUGACUCCUGGGAGAAGCCCUCCACCUACUUUGGCCUGCAGUUCCAGGUGAAGGUGGUCCACAAAGGAUCAUCCUGUGACAGUGAACGCCACAUAAUGCUUAACACCAUUCAGGAAAAUAAGUAUGAGGUCAACAUGAAAACCCAAAAGUAUGUUUUCUGUGUGCGAGCUCAGGACAAAUACACCAACGGGCCAUUUAGCCACUGGAGCUUCUGCACAGUAAAUAAAGACACCGUGGGCUGCAUCACUGGACCGAAGCUAUAAAGGAUGGAAGAGCUCAAGUUUGCCAAGAAAUCAUUUUUCUAACUUUUAUUGCAAUGCACAAAAACGGGUGCUUUCAGACUGAAUGCAUAUCUGUACAGUAUUUAUUGAUCUCGAUG